CGCGCAUUGUUUACAUUAAGACAAAAACACACACACACACAUACACACACAUUUUUUUUUUAUAAAAACAAGCACACUUUCAUCUUUUAUUUAUUUAUUUUAUUGUUACCUUGAAUAACAAUAACAAAAAGGAUGGCUGUUACUCAUCAAGAGAGGAACUUUGUGGUUAUUGAGAUUGGCGGCUACACGACCAAGGCACUGAGGGAUACGACAGACGUGAACAUCCUGCCGUCGGUGGAGAUCCGCACACGCGCGGGCAUUCUUAAGCAGGAGGCAGAGAAAGCUGACGAGGCAGCGUCACCACUCGACAAGAGCUCCGAGCAAGAAUCAAAGCUUCAGAAGCAGCAGGACCAGGGGCAGGAACAUACUAGGGAACAGACUAAGGAACAACAGGAGCAAGCAGCAGCAGCAUUAUCACCACCACCACCACCAGCAUCAACGGAGAGUGAGAACGAGGGGACUGACUCUCAAGAAAAGGAUGCGGAGAAAAAAGAUGAUCCUGCCGCACCAGGCAGCAGCACAAAGGACACCGACGAGCCAGCCGAGCCAAGCUACAUAUUUGGCACAGCAUUAGAAACUAUUGACCCUGGGCUCCUCGAAGCCACCGUGGACAUAAUCCAAGCAGGCAGGGUGCAAGACUGGGAUUUGCUCUCAGCGCUCCUGCGGCACAUUCUCGUGAAGGAGUUGGGUAUUCGUAUAUCCGACAACUACUGCCCGAUUAUGUUCAGCGUUCCGCCGCAGUGGUCCAAGGUGGAUCACGAGGCGUUGACCCAGGUGGCCUUUGAGGAUCUGAACGCCCCCAGUGUUGAAAUAAUGGAGCAACCCCUGCUUGCUGUUUACGGGAAUGGUGCGAUCUCCGGGCUAGUGGUGGAUUUCGGCCACUCAGUGACUACAGUAUCGGCCGUUGUGGAUAACUGCAUCGUUUACAACUCUGUUGCGCAGAGCACGAUUGCCGGAAGCGCUGUCACUGAGAGGCUGCGUGAGCUGUUGGAUGCGGACGAGGGUCUGCGUGCGCAGAUGGACGGAGAGCAUGUGUCGCUGGAUUUUGCCCAGGCAGUGAAGGAGUCUGGGCUUUGCAAAUUCCAGUUGCUUUCGGGCACGGGCGUCUCUAAUGGGAAAGCCUCUGCCAGCGGAACCUCCGCUUCCUCCUCCUCGGUUACUGCCGCCGCCGCCGCCGCCGCCGACAGCGAAGCUGCUCAGCAGGAGGGCAACAACAGCGGCAAUGGUGGCAACGGGGCCAGUGACGUGCCGUCGUUCAAGUACUUGGGCAAGAAAUACACACUGCCCAGGGACGUUCUGCACAAGGCACCCGAGAUCCUCAUUCGCUCUCCGCCCACCCACGUCCCACUGGUCAGCCUGAUGAAGCAGGCUGUGCUGGCAUGCGAUCUGGAGAGGCGUGCGUCGCUGUGGGAGAGUAUCCAUGUGGUCGGUGGUUCGUCGCAGUUUGCCGGAAUCAAGGGCUUUUUGCAGUUUGAGCUUGAGACUACAGUCCUGCCGACAAGCAACAUUUUUGCAAACUCGCAGUCGCGCGAGAUUAAGUUCGCGUCGUUGCCAGAGUACUUUGUCGGCUGGCGCAACCGCGGGCACUGGUCGGCAUUCCUCGGCGCUUGCAUUGUGGCCAAGAUUACGCUGAAUGACUCGAGGCACAACGUCACUCGGAUCGAGUACAACGAGAACGGACCCAGCAUUAUCCACACAAAGUCAUUCUAGUGCUAGCAAAAAUGUUAAAGCGUUUAAUGUUGGUACAAAUGUAAGAAGAGAACA